AUGGCUGUAAACCAGAUGGAGCUGUCGCAAGUGAUGGCAGCCACGUUGUCAUCUGAUUAUCAUAUUCGGCGACAAGCUGAAGAGAAGCUCACGCAGGCCGAGUCCGCGGGGGGUGUCCUCACAUCCUCAUUGCUACAGCUAGUAGCUAAUGGUAAUGAACAACUACCCGUGCGUUUGGCAAGCAGUAUAUACUUCAAGAAUUUCAUCAAAUCUCACUGGCCGGAGUCCCCUGAUGAGAAUGGAGGGAUCUCGGAAGAAAACCGCAACCUUAUAAAAUCACAUCUCGUUGAUCUGAUGCUAUCUGUACCAGCACCUCUCAUGGCCCAGCUUCGAGAGAGUAUCAAAAUCAUCAGCGAUCUUGAUUUCCCUGCUGGCUGGCCUACGCUGCUGCCCACUCUUGUACAGCGGUUGACAAGUAGUGGUGAUCUCAAUGAUGGUGUUCAGUUCGGAGCCUUAGAGACUGCAGCUACUGUGUUCGAUAAGUACCGAUACUUAGUGAGAUCCAACGAGGUCCUCAGGGAGUUACAGUAUAUCUUAAAGGAGUUUCAAGAGGUUCAUCUAGCUCUCUAUAGGCAGACAAUGCAAGAGAUAUUCUCGCCUGCACUUAAGGACGCAAGUCAAGCAACAAAGGCCAGUAAGUUAGCCAAACUCCUCGUUGUCGAGCUUGAAAUAUUUUACGACCUCAAUGUUGUCGACAUUCCGGAGUAUUACGAAGACAACUCCGCCACUUGGUUCGAGGGGUUUCUGCGCUUAUUGGAAUGGCAGGAUGCCCCAGCUGCCCUCAAAGCAGUAGACGAGGACACCCCUGGAGCCAUCGAGAACCUCAAAGCCCAAGUGUGCAGGAAUGUUGCUCUGUAUGCCGAUAAGUACCAGGAGCAAGUGGAACCGUAUAUCUGUGGCGUAGUGAAGUCGGUGUGGACCUUGCUAGUUUCAACGAGUCCUAAUGGGAGUAACGACCAGCUGGUAUCAGCAGGUAUAAAACUGCUCUCAAGUGCGGCUAGUACCAAAUGGGAUAAAAGUCCCUUUGAGGAGGCGAAUUCCCUUCAAGCUAUCUGUGAACACGUUGUUCUCCCUAAUAUCAAGCUUAGAGACUCUGAUGUUGAAGACUUCUUCGACAAUCCUACAGAAUAUAUAAGAAGGGACAUGGAGAGUGCAGAUCAAGAUACCCGUCGUCGAGCGGCAAUGGAGUUAGUAAUGUGGCCUGAGCUGGUGAACUCCAGUGUUGGGCACUAG